CUUUGUCACUGUAAUUAAAACGAGAAAAGAAAAGAAAAGCUAAGCCGAAACCCGGUCGGACGAGGCCCCUCUCUCUGUUCUCCCGCCCCAGUUCCCCUUUAAGUGGAGUUCUCAAGCCUCUGGUAAGCUAGGGAGCUAGGGAAUCCCUCUCCCACCACGUCACCCUAACCAAGGAAACCCGCACUCACGUCCUGCAACGCAAAUGACCAUCUUUGGCAAAGUGCGCCAAUGGAACAGACCAAAGCAAGCACGGGGGGAAGGGGUGGGGGUGGAGGGGAGAAGUGCCAGAAAUCCACUCCGGUGCGUUCCACUCAGAGGGGGGGGAAGAAGUUCGGACUCCGGGAGUACCCCCUCCCCCUUUCUUCCCCCUUCCCUUGUUUUUACUCCCUCCGCCACCUCCUUCCUUCUUUCCUCACUCCUGGGUGUCCGACUGGUGUCAAGUGCCUUUUAGCUGAGGAAGGGAGAGAAAGAAAGAAGUCUCCUCUUUCUCCCUCCUCUCUCUUCCUCCCUCCUCUCUUCUUCUUCCUCCUCCUCUUUCUUCCCCUCCCCUCCCUCACCCUCCCGCUCCUCCCUGCAAGGUGGGGUUUGGUGAGCUGGGGGUUGACGUGAGUGAACGAUCCACAUGGUACUGGGGGCUGGAUAAUAAAGAGUGUGGAGUUGAACUAAUGCCAUUGCACUGAGUCAUCCCAGGCAGGCAGAGCUCUGGGGCUCGGAGCGCACUAUCGGGAGAGAGCGAGAGCUAGAGAGAGAGAGAGAGAGAGAGAGAGAGACCCACAGAGACGGGGACAGGGCGAGGCAGGGAGGGGAAGCUGUAAUUGCAACCAGGAAAGAGAAAGACAGAAAAGGAGAGAGGGAGAGAGAGAAGAAAGAAAGAAAAAAAAAUCCCCGUCGCCACCUCUCGCGUGCAGGGGUGAGGACAGGAAAGCCAGUGUCAGAAUCCCUAAUUAAAGGAGAGCGCAGCUCUGCUCUAAAAGGCCAGAGGCUCCGCUCGCUCUUGGGCUUGACUCUCUGCAGUCGGGAGGAUUAAGACAGGAGACACAGAUCUUUGUUCCGUGUCCAUUCAGAGGGAAAAUAUUUUUUUCCUACCCCUUUGGGUGGUGUUCGAGGGGAGCCUCCGGGCGGCUGGAGAGAGGCUUAAUUUUUUUUUUUCCCAAAGCAUUUUUUCAGAUUAUCAUUUUGUCAAGUGUCAGAGCCUCUCUGAAACUCGGGCUAUUCGAUCCACAGGAAGUUUAUUCUCAGCCUCUUUUUUUUUUUUAAAGGAGGAAAUAGCCGCAGAAGUUUCUCAAAGCGAGCUCCCUUAACUGAAUGUCCACCGCUCCUACCGACUGGGCUCACUAAUUGGGCUUCCAGGCUUUUUUUUUUCCCUUCGCUCUCUCUGUCCCAUUUUUCUUGUUGGACAUCGAUUCCAGUCCCCUUCCCCAAGGAUCUAGGUCCCCCCGCCCCCCCCCCCCCCCCCCGCCAACCCCCGGCUCUUCGGUUGAGAGGGGGAGGGCAAGUGGGAGGGCCCGAAGGGAGGGUCGGACUUUGGAGAGAGAGACUGAGGGAAAGGGCCAGGCGGCCAGCUGGUGCCCGGCAGAAGUUCUGAGCGCGCCACUCCAGGGCUCUUUGCAGUCGACUUCACGCUUCUUGCCUCUUCGUCCCCUCCGAGAGCAUUUGGAAACACUCGGCCCGGGGGUGGGGGGGUGGGAAGGAUUUAAAAAUACUGAGACUACCGGGAGAGGAGAUCUUCGGGGGCGAGAGCGCUCAAGCAAGUGCGAGGCCGGGAGGAGGAGAAGGAGGAGGAGGAGGAGGAGGAAGAGGAGGGUGGAGGAAGACAAACACCCUGUUUCCUCUCGGGCUCCCACCGCGGAUCAUGUACCAGGAUUAUCCCGGGAACUUUGACACCUCGUCCCGGGGCAGCAGCGGCUCUCCAGCGCACGCCGAGUCUUACUCCAGCGGUGGCGGCGGCGGCCAGCAGAAAUUCCGGGUAGAUAUGCCAGGAUCUGGCAGUGCUUUCAUCCCCACCAUCAACGCCAUUACCACCAGCCAAGAUCUCCAGUGGAUGGUACAGCCCACAGUCAUCACCUCCAUGUCGAAUCCGUACACCCGCUCCCACCCCUACAGCCCCCUGCCGGGCCUAGCCUCGGUCCCGGGACACAUGACUCUCGCACGACCCGGGGUGAUCAAGACCAUUGGUACCACCGUGGGCCGGAGAAGGAGGGAUGAGCAGCUGUCUCCCGAAGAAGAAGAGAAGCGAAGGAUUCGGAGAGAGCGGAACAAGCUGGCUGCCGCCAAGUGCCGGAACCGACGCCGGGAGCUGACCGAGAAGCUGCAAGCGGAGACUGAAGAGCUGGAGGAAGAGAAGUCGGGGUUGCAGAAGGAGAUAGCCGAGCUGCAGAAGGAGAAGGAGAAGCUAGAGUUCAUGCUGGUGGCACACGGGCCCGUGUGUAAAAUCAGCCCCGAAGAGCGUCGGACCCCACCAUCCCACAACCUACAGUCCAUGCGCCCUGGUGGAGGAGUCGGGACUGUUGUGGUGAAGCAAGAGCCCUUGGAAGAAGAGAUCCCAUCCUCCUCCUCUUCAGCCCUGGACAAGGCCCAGCGGUCCGUCAUUAAGCCCAUCAACAUUGCUGGGGGCUUUUACGGGGAGGAACCCCUCAACACCCCCAUCGUGGUGACCUCCACUCCAGCCAUCACCCCGGGCACCUCCAACUUGGUCUUUACCUACCCAAACGUGCUGGAGCAGGAGUCCCCGGUGUCCCCUUCUGAGUCGUGCUCCAAGGCCCACCGGAGAAGUAGCAGCAGUGGGGAUCAGUCUUCAGACUCCUUGAACUCUCCCACUCUCCUGGCUUUGUAACCCACUUGGGUGCUGUCCUUCCUGGCUCUGGAGGGGAAUGAAGGGAAGCCACCCUCCCUCGGCCUUCUCCACCGUCUCCUUCCCAGGGACCAGCACACUGGCAGUGAGUGACAGCACAGAGAGGGACACCACAGGAGAGCUUGGCCCUGGGGAGGAUAGAGUGGAAUCUGGCCAUGAGGAGCACGAAGGACCUCGGGGAGGGCCGGGGGAUGAACUGGGGGCUUCCUCCUUCGUCCCACAGGCAGUUCCUGUUACCUUCAAAACUUGGGAGAACUUGUGGACUGAUGCAUCUUCCCGAAGUUGCUCUGGACCGUUGCUUUCCUUUUCUUCUGAUGUUCUAUCUUGGAGUGAUGGUUUCCUUCCCUUGGUUCCUCUCCCCGGGGAGGGGCACGCUGGGUGCCCUCCCUCCCGCUCAGACCAUUCCUGUUCAGCUUUAUUCCCCUCAUAGCAAUCUCUCUCCCCUUUUUGUCUCUCACCCUUCCGGGACAUUUCAUGAGGGUGGUCCGAACACUCAAGACUUCCUAAAAAGAAUCUCUAUUUGUUUCUGGAGGUAGGGCUGUGAGUAAAUGAUUUUCCUUGAGUCUGAAGUGUGUGGCUUGGGAUACUGGGCCUCAAACCAGGCGAGGGGCCACCAAAGGCUCCCCCAGAGACAUGCCCCUCCCCCCCUCCUGGAGCUCGCGCCCAAACCAGCCCCUGGGCCUUCUCCACCCUCUGUGCGGAGCGGGGAGAGGCAGCUGCUGGGGCUGCUGGAAGAAGAGGGUGUUCGCGGAGGCAGGAGAUGAGAGGCAUAGCUCCCCGUGGGUGCGUGCCUGCGUGUGUGCGUGCAGGCAGAGCUGGCUUUGCAAAAUGCUUAAUUACCAGCCCAGGAAUAGCGCCAACAAAGCCAGGAGGGUGCCAGCGCUGGCUUCCCCCUCUUCACUGCUGCCUCGAACAGGGCGUCUCCCAUAAUUACUGCCUUUCCACUUGGGCCAGGGACCCUUCUCUCUCCUGCCUGACUGCCUGCCCGCCUCCCGAGGCCUCCCUCCCCUGGGAAUCGAGGCAGCGCUCGCCAGGCUCCACCCGCUCCCCCCUACAGACGCUCAGGAUGACGCCACCCACGGAGUUUUAAUGAGCGUGGGCCAACUCUCCCUGUCCCUGCCGAGGCGGCCCCUCCCGGCAGCGCGCGGAGGGGAGACCCGGUGCAAAAGCACUGGCCUCCGAUGAAAAGGGAAUGGGGAGAGGGGUGGGGUGGGGGAGGGAGCCAGUUGCUAGGAUGCUGUUUUGCAGCUCUCUCUGGCACCCAAGCUCAAACAGACCCAUCUCAGCCCUUCUGCCCUUACUUGUCUGUUAUUACACGGAGAAGGAUAGCUCCUGUCCCCUCUGGCGCUUGGCUACCUGGCCCAUGCAGAGCUUUUCCCCAUUUAAUCUCCUCGAGCUUCUCUUGUGGCCCAGGCAGCCCAAGGGGGGUUUCUGGCUGGGGGGGGGGGGGUGUCAUGGAGCUGUUCUUGCGUGUGUCACCCCUCCCCCAUGGCGGAUGGCGCUGCUUUUGGGGAGAGAGAGCCGCCUCAGCCCCCUUCCCCUCACCCUCCUCGCUGCCCCCUCCCUCUCCAGCUCACUGAGAGGGUUGUCUUUUGGCUCCAUUAACUUGGUUCCUAUUGAUCCUCCUGACACCUUGACAGGUUUUCCUUUGGUUUAAGGCCAUUCCUCCUGUGGCACUCCUGGGAAGGAGACUCACUCGUUGGCAAAUUAGGCUCCAAAGUUUGGGUGGUGGGUUUUUAGACAUUUAUUUAAAGCCACCUCAGUUAGUUUGGGGAAGUUUUCUAAAUUGAACUCUGGAGUGGGCCAUUAAGUUGUUGCCUCACGGGCUCACCCAGGUCACUUUACAUGGCCGUAUUUAAUAGACAUGGAGCACUCACUCAGCAUCCGUUGGUCUCCUGGGGAUUCCACAUGGCUCCUUUCUAAUGGACGCUCCCUUUUCGGGGUGGUGCGUGUUCUUGCUACAUAAGGUGCUGGGGAAACCUAGGUUAGGAGAAGGAGCCCCGUCUCAUCAAAAUGCACAUUUUUCUGAAAAUAAACAAACACUCGAGUGCAAAAUGCUUUAAAAACAAUUUCAUUUCCACAUUCCCUGGCCCUGGUGGAAACUCAUUCCCGGUUGCCCAGGAGGCUCUGGGAAGGGGAGCCCUUACGUGAAAUUGGCUGCUUAGGAUUUCUGAUUUCCAGUUGAGAAAAGAGCUCCUGAGUCAGCCAAGACCGGCAGGAGGUGAUGGAAAGUGAAUUGAGGUAUGCCUUACUCUUAAAGGGUUAAUCAUCUCUAGUUGCAUUGGUAUCCAAGCCGGAGCCCUUUGCCUUUAUAUGCAUAUAUAUCUAUAUAUAUAUUAAAUGAAGCUGCUUUUUUUCUGGUCUUAAAAAAUAUCCUUUAAUUCCCUCUUUGCCCAGGACUGACCCGAAGGCAGGUCAAAGUCUGUUCCACCAAGACUACCCUGAACAAUGACCAGGCACCGAUAAUGGGACUUUGUUCAUUCAACAAGCAUCUAAUAAGCACCUCUAUGUGCCAAGAACUCCACUAGGCUCUGGGGAUACAAAGGCAGAAGCAAAAAUGGUCCCUAACCUUAAGGAGCUUACAUUCUUUACAUUUAGAUCAAUCAGCCAACAAGCAUUAAGUAUCUAUUAGGUCCCAGUCACUGUUAGGUACUGGGAAUACAAAGCUGAAAAUGACAGUCCCUGCCCACAGGGAUGUUUGUUGACUUGAACAGAAAGCCAUGUUGACUUUGGGAUCAUUUGUGGGCCAAAGCCAGGACACCCAUAGAACGCCUUCAGAAGGUCUUCUAGCUUGAGGCUUUCUCCACUCAGGACCUGCUCUUCUGUGGGAGCUUUCACAAAGACAGUGGUUUUAUUCAGGGAAGAUGAAAUUUGCACCUAAGGGAUGACUAAUAUCUUCAGUUUUCUAACCACUUCCUUCCAAGGGAACAGUCGGAGUGACUGAUACAUCCACACACACAUGCACACAGAAUUUUCUCCCCAAGCAGCUGGGUCCUGAUCCAGCCACCAUCUAAAAGUGUUGGAGUUGUUGGUUGGGAUGGGGACCGCUCUGCUUCCCAGGUUAUUGGGGUCACUGAGGUAGCUCGUAGCCUGGAGUCAGACUUGGCUGGGAGCAGCUUUGCAGCUUCCUGAGAAGGCUGAAGCAUGUUCUGAGCCAGAGUAUGGAACGCUCAGUCCUUUCUGCUGCCUGGCUGACCUCUCUGAGAACAGGCUAUUCCUUGCCUGGACGGAGGAGGGCCAACUGAUGGAGGAGAAAGAGGGUCUAGGUGAAGCUUAGGAAAUUGCCUAGGCCAGUUCCAAGAAGAGAAGAUUGGUUUUUGCUUUUUUGGGGGGGCGGGGGAUAAACAUUUUCUUUUGCUGCCUGGAGGGUUUUGCACAUCCAUUCUGGUCCAUUGUCUUGAGUAAUUCUCUGAAGAAUCUGACAAAGCUGAGCAAAAGCUGGUGGUGCUGAUUCCUCCCCCAUGGAGACUUAGCUUCCUCCACUCCCAUGCUCUAGAGGAUGAAAGGUUCUUUCUCCUUUUCCUUGAGGAUCAGUCAGUGCUGCUACAUCCCCUGCCCUGGCAGUUUCCUUUCCCUAAUUAGACACCCUCAGGAUUGCUGGUUUCCUCCCCUCUACCUCUGUCUCUUCUGAAUAUCAGAGCUGAGGGGACAGUCUAGCAAACUGCUAGGAGCAAUGAUUCUCAUUAUAGUCAAUGUUGUCUUUUCCCUUUUCUCCAUUUCUCCCUCCCAUCCCUCUCCUUCCUCAUUCUCUUAAUGAGGAAUUGGAUGAUAUAACAUCUAUGAUCCUUCAUACUUCUAAACUCUGGCCCUCUGAUUCUCUUUCUCCUUUCCAUCUCUUCUUCCUUCUCUGUUUUCUUCCUUUUCUCUCCAAGUUGAUUUUUUCCCCCAUUCUUUUACUUUCCUUCUUCUCUUGGAAAGAAUACUGGCUCUGGAGUCAUCGGAUCAGGGAUCAAAAUCCAUCCUUGCUGAUUCCUACCUUUGUGAACAUUAGGCAAGUCUCAACCUCCUUGAACCUCAGUUUCCUCAGCUGUAAAACAAGGCAAUUGGACUAGUAGUCUCUGAGGACCCAUCAGGCUGUAGAUCUAUGCUCUGGUAAUUCUGUUACUUCUCUUUCUUCUCUUAGCAUCUUCACUUCAGGGUACAGUUUAAAACCAACUUGGAUAGUCGAGGCCUUAGAGGACAGGCAGUAAAUUCAGGGCAAGAAGAUUUGUGGCUGAUAGGAUUUUAUUUUGGAUGUUUAACCAAGCCUAUCUGAGGCUGUUAUCAUUGGCUUGUUUGGGCCCUUCUCUUUUAAAAGCCAACAUUUCUUUAUUGGCAAGCAAAUGUGUGUGUAUGUGUGACUGCUCCAACAAAUUAAAAAAAAAUAUUGUAACCACCACUAACAAUAGCUUCCCAUGCUCCUUUUUUUCUUCUAAAAAUCAAAAAAGAGGUAAUUUGUAUGUUUUUAAUUCUUGAAUUCUCUAGCAUGCUCUCAACAGCAGGAUCCUAAAGGUUAAACAUUGGGGGAUGGAGGGGGAACGCAAUCUACAUUUAUUUCAUUAUUUAUUAAAAUGUUUACAUUUUUCUUUGUGUUAUUCUAAACCUAACUAUAAAAAGGAAGCAUUAAAAUACUCAGUUCUGGGUUUUUUUUUUUUGGUAAGGUUUUUUUUUUUAGGCUGAUGAUGCUUUUUUUCCUUCUAAAAUGGUUCGUGACUUGUGUUUGUAUAAAAUGUACAAAGAGGUUUUGUGUCUAAAAAUGGAUGGUCAUUCCUUUAGGGGCAGAGGUCAGGAAGACCAGCAUGAUAUGAAAAUGCGAACAGAGUGCCUGCCCUGUUCCCUAGAAACUGUUUUCUUUCCUUGUGUGAUUAAAAGUCAAUUCCAUUUAUUCUAGUUUGUGGUUAAUUAAUAGUGAAAAAGAAAAUACUCAUCUAUGUAUAGAGAAUAGGUAUCAGGGUGUCUCUUUUUGGCAAAACGGAGGAGAAAGGAAUUGUAUAUAUUUUGAUAUAUGUUCAAAAUUAUUGUGUAUUAGAGAUAUGUCAUUGAUAGACAUGGAAGCCUGCUUUGAAGACCUUGAAAGGCAAAACAAGUCAAAGAAGGCUCAUACAGAGUUAUAGGAAACUGAACUAUUUCUUGAGCAUCAGUUUGGGGGUUUCCUUUUUUUCUGUUUCCUUCUUAAAGUGAUAGUGAUUUUUUAAAAAUCUGGUAUGAGGCCCAAGGCAGGGCCUAGGGCCCAUGCUCAUGCCUUUUGUGUAGUUGUGGAGAUCAUGGACUCACUUAGCUCCUGAAGCAUCUCUGGUGGUAUAUGUUUUUUGUUUUGUUAUUUUACUGUAACAAGCCUACAGUAUUUGCACUAAACAAAAAAAAAGAAACAAGAAAAGAGAAAGCUUAUUAGAAAAAGCUUGCUGCUAUGGAAGAAAACAUAUUGAAAAGUUUUUUUUUGUUUUGGGUUUUUUCAUUUUUUGCUUUUUUCAAUUUAAACUGAGUAGCAUUUUGUAGAAUAAAAUUAAUUAAGAUCGAA